AUGAAGCUCCUGGGCCUCGUUGCAUUGUUUUACUAUGUCACUCCCUCUAGCUGCUGGCCUGAAAUCAAAGACCAAGUCAGUCUGCAAUGGUCGAUCUGCGAUGCGAAUCCUUACACCGUGUUGACGAAGCUGGGCGUCGCUGCCCGCGAUCCAGAUAAACUGGACCCGAUAACCUACUAUGAUACCUCUCCCCCGCUGUACACGCCCCAGGGACUCAUGUUCCGAACUAAAUUUCGUGGUGGCCAAGAGAUCUCGAUCGUGAAGGUGCAGUUGGCGACACCUGGUUCUCAUAUGCGCCACCACGCGAACGUGUGUCGGUGGGAUCGAUACGGCAAUAAGACGACCUUUAUUUGCAAGAGACAAAAUUCCCUAAAGGGAACUAAUCUCUGGAGUGCAAAGCAAAGGCAGUUGGCGGAGGAGUUCCAGAGUGAUAUUACCUGGGAGAAGCUCGUUGGAUACGGUCCGUACCUAAAUUCUAAAUGGAAGGCGCUACGCCUGGCGGGAUACGGGGCUGUCCUAGACGAUGUGGCUGCCCAGUCCCUGCACCUUAUGGAGCUAGAAGUCAAGGUACAUCGGGCGGAGAAGAACAGGGUCUAUCAGGCUAUUACGGAGCAUCUUUACGGGCGAGGAGUGGAGAUAUGUGCCCGACAGGAGUCUAAGACUAUGCGGUUGUUCCGCGCGAUGGGCUACUUCGCGACGCAGAACGAGUCUCAGGAUGUGUAUACUCACGAUCUCUAA